AUGGAACAAGAACCUAAUGUUGUGCAAGAGAAAACUCUUCUUGAAUACUUUUCACCCAUUUCAUCUAAUGCCCCAUCAUGCAUUGUUUUGCCCACUACUAAUGCUACUCAUUUUGAACUUAAACCAUCAAUCAUUCAAUUGUUACCAUCAUUUUAUGGUUUAGAAAGAGAGGAUCCAUACAUGCAUGUAAAAGACUUUUUGGAAAUUUGCUCAACCUUUCGUUUUCAAAAUUUUUCAGAUGAGUCAGUUAAACUUAGGCUGUUUCCUUUUUCUUUAAAAGAUAGAGCCAAAGCUUGGUUAAACUCACUUCCAACUGGAACCAUCACUACUUGGGAUCAACUUUUUAAUAAAUUUCUUGCUAAAUUUUUCCCCAUGUCCAAAACUGAUAGUUUAAGAAGAGAAAUCUCCGAAUUUUAUCAAAAAGAUAACGAAGAAUUUUAUGAAUACCAAAGCCAACCUCAAAGUUCCAACACAAAUGACAUUUCAAAAGAUGAUGCUCAAAUCCUUCCUUCCAUCCCAAAAGCUCCUUUUCCACAAAGAUUAAUUCCACUCAAGAAAGGCAACCAAUAUAGUGACAUCUUAGAAGUUUUCAAACAAGUAAGCAUCAACAUUCCUUUCUUAGAUGCCAUUAAACAAAUUCCUGCCUAUUCUAAAUUCUUAAAAGACCUUUGCACUGUUAAAAGAAACACAAAUGUUCCAAAAAAGGCGUUUUUAACUGAACAAGUUAGCUCCAUAAUUCAACAUAAAAGCCUUGUGAAAUAUAAAGAUCCCGGUUGUCCAACAAUUUCAUGCAUCAUUGGCGAUCAUUUCAUUAACAAAGCUUUACUUGAUUUAGGAGCUAGUGUGAAUUUACUGCCUUAUUCUGUGUAUAAGCAACUUGGUCUAGGAGAAUUAAAACCAACUUCUAUAACACUUCAAUUAGCCGAUCGUUCAGUGAAAAUCCCUAGAGGUAUUAUAGAAGAUGUUUUAAUUAAAGUGGAUAAAUUCUAUUUCCCUGUGGACUUUAUUGUUCUUGAUACUCAACCUGUUGAAAAUGCUCAUGCUCAAAUACCCAUCAUUCUAGGUAGACCAUUUUUAGCUACAUCUAAUGCAAUUAUCAACUGUCGUAAUGGUGUAUUGAAAUUAUCUUUUGGAAAUAUGACUGUUGAAUUAAAUGUUUUUAAUGUUGCUAAAUCUGUUGAGUGUGAUGAAGUGCAUGAAGUUAACAUGAUAGAGAGUAUGUGUGAAGAUGAUGGAAAUGACUUACUUGAUUUUUGUGAAAAAUACUUUGGUAUGAACUUGCAUAUUGAUGAUUUUAAUGAUGAUGUCAAUUCUUUGUUAGAGUCUAUGCCCUUGAAUGAAACCAAAGUUGAACCCCUUUUACCCUUAGAUCAUGUUCAAUCAAUUUCCGAGUCUCCAAAGUUAGACCUUAAACCUUUGCCAGAAGAUCUAAAAUAUGCUUUUGUAGGAGAGUCUGAAACCUUGCCUGUUAUCAUAGCAUCUGCUUUAGAUAAAGAACAAGAAGGUGAAAUUCCUUCUCAUUGGUCUAAGCAUGAAAAAUCUAAAUUUUAUUCUGAAGUGAAAAAUUUCAUGUGGGAUGACCCUUAUUUGUUUAAAUAUUGCCCUGAUCAAAUAAUAAGGAGAUGCAUUCCAAACUGUGAGGCAUAUAGAACUGCAUACAAAACACCCAUUGGAAUGUCUCCCUAUAGACUUGUGUAUGGAAAGGCAUGUCAUUUACCCGUUGAGCUAGAACAUAGAGCCUAUUGGGCA